CACAGCUGAGGUAAACGUUGUGAGCAGCUUCGCAAGAUCAUCAUCUCUUAGCAACCGUCAGCAACUUCAGAUAUCGAAUUACGACAACAGGCGAGAUGCCGACUUGGAAUCCUGCAAAGCUCUCGUCAUCUCUACUUUUAAACAUACGAAAUCACCCUAUAAUCUUCACCUCUGCAAUAGCCAUUAUCCCCUUGGCAGCUCUGGCCAUGCCUUCAUACCGUGGCUUCAUCGAUCUUGGCCCCGGUGGCCUCCCACACAAUGUCUUUGGCUGGCUCCUUCAAGGCGCUCUACGCCCGCUGGCUCUGAAUAGCACUGUUGACCAGAGCGCCUUUCAAAAACCCGGCGUUUCUGCUUCAUACGAACCUCAUGGCACCACCCGAUUCCUUCAGGAGCCGCUCGCGCAGCGUCGAGGCGACAGGCCAGUUAUCCCCAACUACGUGGCGCCUCAGAGACAGGCCACGGAUAAAGGCGACAAGGACCUCAUCGACCGGAUGAAUGGCCAUCUACGAGAUUUAGCGAGCCGUCGCUCAGAGGCACUAGCUGUGAAAGCAUCCGGCUUGGAAGCCAGAGACAAUCCUGCGCUAUGGCUUCUCGGUUCCCCAUUGCCCAAGUACUUGGCGAAAAGCACAAAGGGAGAAAUCGUCCACGUCCACACAGAAGCCAGUUCCCACAUGAUCCUCAGUCUGACUGACGCGAAAGAAGCAAUGGCAAAGGGGUGGGCUGAGUUCCAUCCGCUAAGUGGCGUGAUGGGGUGGAUUCCGCUGCCGUAUGUCAUGGUAUAUGCGCCGCGGGAUGAGGAGGAAUUCGGGGUAUGGACAAAGUUUGUGGAUGCAGCUAUUGCUUUUACUACUGCAGGACAGCAUUAGCAACUUUGACGGCAAAAUAGCAACGGCGUACUUUGCAUGUACUCUGCAUUGGGACACGGGAAUAACGGACGUGAUGUGUCACUUUUCUCUCUUUCCAUACCCGAGGUGGCUCGAAACUUUCGUGGGCUGCUAUCCGAGAUGUAUUCGCAACAAGGGGUCAUUCAUCUCAUCAAGUUGAGUUCAUUGCGUCUGUGGCAUCGCCCCAUUAUAGUGCUCAUUCCGCUGAGUUUCAACAAUCUUCUCGAGCUUAGAGGUCUCAGUUCAUUUGUCGGAAAGCAAGAUGCGGCAUCGCUUCCAACAGCUGGCUCUGUUGCGCCAGUAUUGGAAACUGGCAAGGCUCGGGCCUAAUUGGUUCAUAUUGGGCCUGGAAAAUGGCAGUCAGAAGAUUAAGAAUCGAUAAUGGAUUAAGCGUGGUAGGGGUAAGAGAGAGGUUAGUUUGAACAAUUUAUUUGCCGUAUUGGUAACU